UCCUCCUCCUCCUUUUCCUCCUCCUCCUUCUCCUCCUCCUCCCUCGCGACAGCUCGAUUAUCAGGCUCUUCCAGCCGAUUUUUAUUUCGUACGACCACGUCCGCGAACGACCGAUCGCUGAACCGAUCGAUAGAUCAUCGUGGUCGACAGCAGUGGCCUGUGUUUUUGAAGAGAGGUCAGGAAAGUCGAUAAACGAAUUGGUCGAAUCGAACGUGCACGGUCGAACACGUGCAACUGGAAUUCCGAAUGAGUACCGAACGUGCAAAUCGAUAAGCGAAUUUGAAGCGCGCUCGAGGGUCCUCGAAAGGCCAGGUGGACCAUUGACCGGCAGCACGCCAGUCGCCGCCGGUGUUGAGCGGUCCUUUGGGUCAAUACUAAUCCUCUCGAGCAUCGUCGGCUUCCCAGUCGAAUCGUCGAUCCGAUUUGUAAAAUUGAUCCAGCGAGAGGAUAGCGGGAUAAAUCGGCUCGAAAGAAUCAUCGAUCUCAAGAUCGUUCGAUUUAUCUUUGCUUUUAACCGAUUAUCAAACGAGCGAAUUAUACGUGUUAAACACGCGUCGAUAUUCCUGGGUAAAUUGAGCAACCUGAUAAAUCACUUUUUCCAACUGGCCAUUUUCGACACGGUCGAUUUCUACGAAACAAUCCAUUCUUCCUUCUCCUUGUCGAGGAAAUCGUUGAUUCAUAUACCUGCGCCAUUCCGAACUGCCGUGAUGACGUCAGGAAGGAGGACGUCGUUCAGGUGACGAAAAAAGUCGUUGCCCCAAUCUCAUCUUAUUUAUCGAAGAAUCAUCGACGGAAGUCUGUUGGACUUCCGUCCGAUCGCCUAAUGGGAUAGCAAAUGGCACGAGAAUCCACGACAACAAGUACACGGCCUUCUCUGUUUUUCAUUAUUUCACUUUUCAAGUUUUGGUCGAUCUAAAAGUCGCGAUAAUCUUCAACGCUGAAACAAAACGCAAAAAUCAAAUUGAAGCUUGUUUCAUAAAUUCCAUAAACAACAAAAUGCUCUUAUUGAUUUGCCGGAAGUGAUCGUGAAAAACUACGAGGCGGUUUUUCUAUCGAGAGUGCUGCAGAAUCAUUUCAUGUUGUGAAAUUGUAAAAUUCCCCCAAAAACUAAGUGCUUACCUCGGAGAAUCACUUGUUACACAUAAAACCGUGUUAAAAUUGUUUUAACGUGUUCCAAACUUUCCUCGGAUAAGUACUAGCGCUGAAUAGUUUACGCGCGUUGUACGAUAUCAGUCUAAUGAGUCGCAAUAGUGAAUUGUCGUGUUCGAGCGUGUAUCGCAAACGAUUCCAAGUGCGUCAAGUGUACCGUCGUUUUGUUAUAUAUACCUCAAGAGAUAUACCUGAUGUGAAUUGCUGGUGACAGUGAGUGAAAAGAGAAGAAGAGAGAAAAUACGAAGGAUUUUCGUUAUGUAUCGCAAGCAGCUUAUAAUCAUCCUAAUUGGUACAGACUGGCCGAGAUCCUGAUAGCCAUCGCAGCGACCAGGAUCUGGGACCAUUCAACGAAGAAAGGAUGCCCGGGGGGCGCAGGGGCCUGGUAGCCCCCCAAAAUACGUUCCUGGAAAACAUCAUAAGACGAAGUAGCAGUCAACCCGACAGCAGUUUUCUAUUAGCAAAUGCCCAGAUCGUUGACUUCCCGAUCGUCUAUUGCAACGAGAGCUUCGUCAAGAUCUCCGGUUACAAUCGUGCCGAGGUGAUGCAAAAGUCAUGUCGUUGUGGAUUCAUGUACGGGGAGCUAACGGACAAGGAAACAAUCGCCAGGAUCGAGGAAUGCCUCGAGGGUCAAAUUCACGAUCAAUUCGAGAUCCUCUUGUACAAGAAAAGCAGUAGCCCAAGAGAGACACCGUUAUGGCUGCUGUUGCAAAUAGCACCCAUCAAAAACGAACGGGACCUCGUGGUCUUGUUCCUGCUGACAUUUCGAGACAUUACCGCCCUGAAGCAGCCCAUCGAAACGGACGACAGCAAAGGCGGUCUCUCCAAAUUCGCCAAGCUCGCCAGAUCAGUCACCAGAUCGAGAUCGGUCCUAGUUUCUCAGUUCAGCUCUCAUUUGCCGGCUUUGAAAGACACAGCUGUACCGACUACCACCAAACAAUCACAUCUAGGUCAUAUGAUGUCCUUGAGUGGCGAUGUUAUGCCACAGUACAGACAAGAAGCGCCAAAAACACCGCCGCACAUUCUGUUACAUUACUGUGCAUUUAAGGCAAUUUGGGACUGGAUCAUUUUAUGUCUUACUUUUUACACAGCCAUAAUGGUGCCGUAUAAUGUCGCGUUUAAGAAUAAGACUAGCGAGGAUGUCUCCCUGUUAGUUGUAGACAGUAUCGUCGACGUGAUAUUCUUCAUCGACAUUGUACUCAAUUUUCACACAACGUUUGUUGGUGCUGGUGGAGAAGUGGUAUCUGAUCCGAAGGUAAUCAGAAUGAACUAUUUGAAAUCUUGGUUCCUCAUAGAUCUACUAAGUUGUCUACCGUAUGACGUAUUUAACGCCUUUGACCACGACGAAGACGGAAUAGGCAGCUUGUUCUCAGCUCUGAAGGUGGUUCGGCUGCUGCGACUUGGUAGAGUCGUACGCAAGUUGGAUCGUUAUCUGGAGUACGGUGCUGCGAUGCUCAUUCUUCUGCUCUGUUUCUACAUGUUGGUUGCUCACUGGCUGGCUUGUAUCUGGUAUUCGAUAGGGAGGUCGGAUGCCGACAAUGGGGUGCAAUACUCGUGGUUGUGGAAGCUGGCCAAUGUUACCCAGUCACCGUACAGCUACUUGUGGACCAAUGCCAGCACCGCACCCGAACUAGUAGCCGGCCCGUCACGACGCACGAUGUAUGUCACUGCUCUUUACUUUACAAUGACUUGCAUGACCUCCGUGGGCUUCGGGAACGUUGCAGCCGAGUCCGACAACGAGAAGAUUUUCACCAUCUGCAUGAUGAUCAUCGCUGCCUUAUUGUACGCCACGAUCUUCGGUCAUGUCACCACAAUCAUCCAACAAAUGACGUCCGCUACCGCCAAGUAUCACGACAUGUUGAACAACGUGAGGGAAUUUAUGAAGCUCCAUGAAGUGCCGAAAGCUCUUAGCGAGCGCGUCAUGGAUUACGUCGUCAGUACAUGGGCGAUGACCAAGGGCUUGGAUACGGAUAAAGUUCUCAACUACUGCCCCAAAGACAUGAAGGCCGACAUUUGCGUGCAUCUUAACCGGAAAGUCUUCAACGAGCAUCCUGCCUUCAGAUUAGCGUCCGAUGGGUGUCUGCGUGCCCUGGCGAUGCACUUCACGAUGUCGCACAGCGCACCCGGCGAUCUGCUGUAUCACACGGGAGAAUCCAUCGAUUCUCUGUGCUUCAUCGUGACCGGUAGCCUCGAGGUCAUACAGGACGACGAAGUGGUGGCGAUACUUGGGAAGGGUGACGUUUUCGGCGAUAGUUUUUGGACGAAUCCGACGAUUGGCCAGAGCGCGGCGAACGUUAGGGCGCUCACUUACUGCGAUUUGCACACGAUCAAGCGAGACCGGCUGUUGGAAGUGUUGGACUUUUAUCAAGCCUUCGCGAACUCCUUCGCCAGGAACCUGAUCCUGACUUACAACCUCAGUCAUCGGCUCAUCUUUCGAAAGGUCGCCGACGUCCGUCGAGAAAAGGAGUUGGCUGAAAGGAGAAAAAAUGAGCCGCAAUUAGAUCAAGCUCAGGAUCAUUUGGUUCGCAAGAUCUUCUCGAGAUUUCGCCGUGACAGAUCACACACUGCCGACGUAGAAAAGGGCGACGGCAAGGAGACCAAGGAUGGCGAAACGUCGCACGUUAAGAAGCUGUCCACCGCCGAGGAAGGUGGAACAACCGUCGCGAAACCGCGACCUGGCAAGUGGGGUCGUUUGUUAGGUAGCUCAAGUUUAGACACCGGUAGCGAAUCGGGCACGGCCGGCGACACGUUCAAGCGAUCUCUUAGCGCGAGAGAUCCGCGCCCGAGUUCCAGCGCCGCCACCAAUAAGGUCUUCCCGAAGCUCAGCAAAUUGGGAGGCACGAUCGAAGAGGGCGGCGACGAAGGGCAGAAGGAUGCGCAGCCACCACAGGUGCAACAACCACCGGCCCUCAGCGUGGACUCAAAGCAGUUGCAGUUGCGACGUCUGGAGAGCUACGACGGUGGUCUGAUUACGCAGCAACCAAGUCACGAACGGGAGAUUCUCGCAGCUGUACUGGAAGUGAAGGUGGACUUGAAGCUAGAGGUGCAGAGGGUAAAUCAGCGGCUGGCCAAGAUCGAGGACAUGCUGCAGGCUCUGAUGAACAAGUUGCCGUCCGGCGGCAGUAAUGGCGGUAAUUCGCAGCAACAGAAGAUUCCAAGCUUCACUCUGAGCGGUGUCCAGACACCCGUCACCCCGAGCGCAAUAACGUUGGUUCAGUCCGCGACUCAGACUACCGAGUGCAGACCGUCGAUCGCUACCACGUCGACGUCCACGGCACCGAGCGAGGGUUAUCGGGAACAGUCGACGGCGACGGAGCGCAUAUCGAAGAGUAGCCAGGAACACCAUCAUCAUCAUCACCAUCACCAUCAGUCGUCGUCAUCGCGGGACGUCAACAAGGAGCUACUGGAGCGGCUGGCGCAGGCUUCCACGUCGCGCGGUGACGACUCGAAUGCCCUGGGGCCGCUCAUCCUACGCAAGCGACGCAGCAAAUCGCGCAACAAGGGUGCGGCGCCACUCGCUCCUCUCGCUCCUCUCGCCACACAGCCAAUGAGCCCGUCGGAGGCCACGGAGACCACGCAGAUGCUCGAGUGCACCGAUGAUCGGGAUUCGAGUGGUGGACCGGCCGACAGGACCGCCGACCGUAAGAGACCACCGCCCAGACCGAGGGAGUAUUUGUGAAAGUUCUUCUCGCGCCGAUUCUUUCUUUUCUUCCUCGUCUCGAGACAAUCUGCCGCGACGCGGUCAAAAAAAGUUCAUCAUCCAAUACGCUUGGUAGUUUAGCCUCUCAUGAGGACGUGAGUCCGCUGUAAGAUAAUGCGCUCGCGAGUAUCCUAUUCUGAAACGUUCAUGUAUAUACAUCGAACAAUAGCUACUGUUUCCUUACUCUCUCGUUUGUAUAUUUCUACGUGUACGGUGGCAUGUUACACGGUGGUUUAUCAGUGCCGUUGGAAGAUGUAGUUGUUGGCCACCUCACGCGUGUGCCUGGACUUGUCCGAUGACACGAUUCAGUACUAACAAGUUGACUCUGCUUCUUUUUGAGCAGCGUACGCCGCUGUAAACGAAUCGAUAAUAACGUAUCGAUAAUUCCAUAUAUCGACUCUGAUAACAUAAACGUUAUACAUAUUUAAAGAGAAGAGCUUCGCAUUUUCGUUAAUCGCUCUUCAAGACGGGCGAAGGGAACGAUGAGAUUUUACCUCGUACCGAUAAAAAGCCAAUUUUGCAUGGCGAGAAAACGGUACGAUUUACCAGGAAAGAGGUAAAUUAAUGCAGUCUUAAGUACGAAUUACUCGCUUGCGACGGCUUCUUCGAAACACAUCGAAACUCUCCGAGGGAGUAUAUCCACCUUACACACACACACAAAACACAUACACACAUAGACACAUACGUAGGUAGAUAUAGAUUCACAUGCAUCGUAUUGUGGGUUUACGGUAGUAUCAUGGCGAUUACGCUACAUUUCUAAGCCUCUCUCCGGCCACAAAAACGGUUCACGUCGACACCAAGCCAACGUCUCUUUCGAGGCAACGUGGCACUUUGUAAUUAUUAAGCAUUCGCGCAUGUGAUUCGUGAUAUAACUUGUAACGGUGAUGUUUAACCAAGGUUGUACAGUCAGAACCGACCAAGUACAUUAAUUUUCAACAAAUAUUAUAAAUUCUUUUAGGUUGGAGAUGUUGAGAAUACGUCACAGAAAUAUAAGGUAAAAAGCAGGUAAUAGCAAAAUAAAAUAAUUAAAGUCUCACAUAUAAAAUAAAAUUACUCAAGUUAUCUUUUCAAUAUUUUACGGUUGUUUUUAUUAGUAGUGUUAGUAGAUUCCAUGAUACUAAAAUUUAUACUUGUUGAAAGCUAAAAUUUUACAAGGCAAAUAACUGUUUGGGAGUGAUUCAUUUAAAUGUAAAUAUAUAGAUUUUCUUUCUGAAAAGUAGAAACACGUCUGUAAUGACUUUUUAUUAUGAUAUAUAUAUAUAUAUAUAUUUAAAUACAUAUUAUUUUUAAUAGUUGGAAUUUUAAAUAUUGCAUCCUCGUUUUUUACUGGUUCUGCACAAUUAAUCAAGUUAUUUGAAAGAGUUAAUUGGUUAGAGAGCACAUGUAUGGCAUUUAAAUAUAUUUUCCUAUAGACAGAAAGAAUAGUGCAACAGCAAAGGUACCUGAAUGUAAACUCGGCUUCAUUACGUCAAUAAUUUCUUUCGAAGAGUUAAUCAAAGGUUUUAAUACAUGGUUCGAGCACCGUUUAUAGGUAGAAGAAUUUCUAUCUAAUUGAAAAAAUACUUAGUAACCUUCAAUUUACAUGCGUUUUUCUUUUGACUUUAAAUGCUUUGAAUAUUAUCGAAUAAUUAUAGCUGAAGAGCGAAAAAUCGAAUACGAAUCGAAAUAAUUGUCUCGUCGUACUCGACAAACAAGCAAUGGAAUUGCAAAUGUGAUCGCCAUUCUUAUCCAAGAUGGAAUCGUUGACACGAUCUGUUGCAUAUUGCAAGUUAACAACUCAAGCAUUUUGAUGGAAACCGAAAUUUAAAAGUUUCGAAUCAAUUUGGCAUAAAAUCGAAUUUUCGUUGUAAUUUUCAUUACAAAUUUUAUUAGCAGUGUCAUCUAUUACAAUUUCACAUUAUGUUGAAGUGGUUAAUUACGAAAAUAUUUAUAAAGUUUUUUUCAUUCGGUUAUUUAUUUGAUAAUUAUAAUCUUAUUGCAUUUCACAUGACGCGUGAUUAUAAAGCAAUGAAAAAGUGUGAUUUGACUUGGAGAAUUUACUUGUUCAAGUUGACGAAGAUGUUAAUUCGCCAAGGGAGGUUUCUCAAUAGUAUUGUUAGGCAGGAAAAUGGCGUUAUACGUUCACAAAUUCGUAUGAUACAUACGAAGCCAAAACAGCAAUAUUAGAUGUAUAUAUCUUGUAAUAUGACAUGUAUAUAUAUUUGCAUAAUCAUUGACCAUUGACAGAUGCGGGGAAGCGCGCUACACACUGCUGCUACUGCUGCAGACGAGAAUGGCGUCUUUGCUAAUAAUAAAACGAGCUGACAAUCAAUCUUUUGCAAAAUAUUUAUUAGAUCGAGCUUUAAUUAUAUCGUAAUUAUACAAAUCUGGAUUAUGUGGCAUUGCUACCUGUAAAGAAAAGAUGAUUGGUUUAUAUCAAUAGCGUGCUUUUGCAUUCUUUACUUCUAAUCAUCUUUUUAAUUUAAUCUUUUUAUGGUUGUGCACUUGUAAGAAAUUUGUAUUUCGUUCUGUUCUCAAUAAUCGUGAAGAGCAAAGGCACAAUUCUCAUUAACAGAAACAUUUUAUUAAAUCGAAAGUAUAGACGCAAAUACGCGUGCAUAUACGUAAAAUACACAGACACAUAUAUUUACGCGCGUGUAUAUAAAUAUAAAUAUAAAAUAAUAAGAGAAAAAGAAUAUAUAUAUAAAUAGAGAUAUAUAAUUUCAUGUUAUGAAAGAAAAAAUUACCGAAAAAUCGAGAACUUUGUUAAAUAGAUUCUAGAGACAGAAACGAUAUAGCUGGCUCUACCAUAGUUUAUAUACUUAUACGCAAAGAAAAAGAUUUAACACUGUUGAAAUUGUAGCAAUUAAGCCAAUUAAAUCGAUUAAAUCUAUCGCGCAUCAAUUAUAUUGAAAUAGCGGUACGCUGAGAUUUUUCAUGCACCAAUCAUAUCGCGCGGGAUGUUACGCUAAAAUACUCGACUUUUCCACUCGGUUUCAUCGGCUAUAGGACUACGACAUCUGUGUAAAUUCCAUUUCACAAGAUAUGGGAUUAUCAUCCGUGCGUUUCAAGAACUGAUUACUGAAGUACAUCUGAAUUUCUAUUUCGAAUAGUAUCGACCGAAAUUUACGUAAUUAAACAUAAUUACAGAGUCGACUAAAUGUAACAGAAUUUUCAAGUAUUUAACAUUCAAAAUAAUUUAAUUCUAUGAGAUGUCAAAGUGAAAUAUUUUUACUUUUUUUAUCUGUACAUUAGAACUUACAGAAUAUUAAAAAGUGUAAUAUAAUUUUCGAAAAAAAAACCCUCAAUAUAACGUCAUAAGAACAAAGCUAAUUUUAAGCGCUAUAACAAAGAGAUAAGCGACAAGCAUUAUUUUUAUCCAGUUUGAUCUUUUACACAACAUUUACAAAUAAAUUAAGUAAAAAUUGAGCAAUAAAACGCGUGUUUCACAAUGCUGCGAUUCUUAUGACUUAUGUCAUAAUAUCCGAAAGACAUAUGCAGGAAAUGGAGCUGUAAUAUUUGCAAUCCAUGCGGCGCGAUGGAAGAAGCUAAGAGAAAAUGAAAAUCCAAUUUGUCAAUUACAACUGCCUUUUACUUCCUUCACAGUAAUGAAAAACGUGAAACUUGCGCAACAUGGAAACGCACGCGAUGCGAACCCGUACAGUAAUUCUACGCUCCAUUGCUUAAAAAUUGUUCACUAGCUGUAAUUCCAGUUUAUUCGGAAAAUGUUAUUCGCAAUUUCCGUUUGUUACUGUGAGACGCAGCGAGAUAUACAUAUAUACGCUCAGGAUCCAACGAAACGCAAGUAGCAGAUAUUUCUUUUAGAAUCAACGCAAUAUCAUAAGGCGGUGGUGAGGUAAGGGAGAAGAUUUGUAUACGUUAUCCAAUUAAUUCGUGAUAUUAACGCAUGAUGGAACUUACGAAGCAGCAUCAUCUUCGAUAGAUCAGAGAAAAGGUUUCCGUUAAUUUCGAAAUCGAAUGUACAACAUAAAAGUUAAGAGAAACGAAAAAUGCAUUUGGCAUUCAAACGAAGAAUAUUAAUUGAAAGAAUUAGCAAUAAAACAGAUACGAUGCAAUCGCUUUCGAAAUGUGGAAAUAUUAUGAAUAUUGAAUCGAAAUAUAUACUCGUCAAGCUCUUAACACUUGAAUUCGAGAUAAGAACUGUUGUCAGUUUCUGUUAUUCUCUCUUUCUUCAAGGCUAAUCGAACUAUCUGCUAAAUCUUUAAUAAGGCAUAUGUGAUACUGCAGCUUUGGACGAAUAUCAAGUAUGUAAAAUAGGUAAUCUACAACUCUAAAAAAAAAGAGUGAAAUUGGUCAAAGAAUUGCUCAUUAAAUAUUGCGCAGUUUUUGUAGAAAAAGUCAUGAAAAGAAAGCAAAAACGAGCGCAUAAGAAUGAACGUGCCGCGUGUAUAAUAUACCCGUGUACAAUUGUAAAAAGAAGUAGAUCUCUCCGUUCGCGAUCUGCUCCGUUCGAUCAAAUUAUUUUACGUUCACUGUCAUUUCAUUGCAUUGAUAAUUAUUAUUUAUUGCGAAAAUGUUUGCAAAACUUUCGAGCUUGCGAUAAAUUCUUCUUUUCCUUAUUUUUUAAUUUGCCACAUAAAUCAAAGUACAGCUAACUAGAAAAUACCUUUACAGUAUUUAAAAAUAUUUAACCGACGGUUAUAUUCUUUAUGGAAACAUCUUUCUUCCACAUUGUACAGCCGGGGCAGGUCGUUAUGUAAUGUAAAACGAUGUAAACGAGAGAGAAUAAACGCAAUACGAUAUUGCGAUUUUUUACAUCAGCUACUUUGCAAUAAUACGAACAAUCGCCAUUUGAACGACAAUGUCAUACCAUGAAUCGUCGUCCCUGACCUUACCUCACGUGCUUAUUCGUUCGAAACAAAGUUUCAAGAAGCAAGUCAAUUCUCACGACUCGUUACAACGAGUUGCUACAUGGCAUGUACAAAUCCGCGUUCGAAAGUUGCUGCGAAAGCUUUGCUGUCCUUGAUCAUCAAUUACAAAGAGACACCACAAAUUAUAUUCUUCUCAUAUAUAUAUAUAUAUUAUAUUAAGCUUGAUAUUUUAGAUCAAGCGAGAAAACCCUGUUAGAAUGAAACAUUGGAUUUCAUGAUCGAGCUGAUUUAUCAGCGAUACACGUGCAUCUUUCAGUAUAAAUUAAUUUUAAUCAGGAUCAUAAACAAGCGGCGAUUCAAAUCUCGGUAUUUUUUUUUCAUCUCAUGCGACGUUGAUUAAAGUAAACUUUAAAAUGGUAUAAUUUAUGUAUAUUACCAUUAUGUUUUUAUGUAUACAGUUGCGACACGCUAAGUAGCAUGUCACAAUCGCUGCGUGCGAUCUCGAGAGCCUUAAAUAUAGGGAAAUUCGAUACGACGAUGACGACGAGAGUGUUCGCAACGACCGUCGAAGAAGCCAUAAUAGGUCUUGUACGAAUUUCACGAGAGAAACGAUUGAAAACAAAAAACUAUAAAUACAUAUAUAUAUGCGUACAUAUAUAUUAUAUAUUGAUAGAAGGGGGGGAAAGAUUUUUGCUAUAACACUUCGUCCAUUUUUCUAUAUGGGCAGUUCGUUGCACUCGUAACACAAAUCCUGAGCCUUGUAAAUUAUUGUCCUCCUCAGACACUUUUCUGACAAAGAGCAUCCCCCGUCUUCGCAGUACCGCAAAAAGUAUGUACAUACCGAAGAAAUCAAACGGAAUUGAAGUUGAUUAAGUUUUUGCGCCCUCCAUGAUCCUCUUACUCUCAUCACCGUUUCUUUCUCCUGUUCGAAAUUGCCUACUAAAUGAUAAUCUCUCGGGGUUCGAUUUCUACGAUAGCGUGGCCACUCCUCACCUAACGAUGGGACUCUUGUAAAGCUUUGCGAGGCUCAAUAGAGAGCGAUCUCGGGGGUGGAUUUACAUAAGAGUUUGUGUGAGACUUCUCCGCCGACAAUUUCAAGUUGGAACGAUCAUUGACGAUUGAUGACAUGUAAACAGAUGAUACGUAUGUCAGAUAUUUUGAUGUCAAUUCCUGGGUGGAAAACGUAAUGCUUAGCUUGGCAGUAGUGACGCUGCGACGGAACCGAAUUAUUUAUUUGAACGAUUCAAUGUAUCCUUUGUAGAAAUUAUAUCGUUACGUUUGCGAUCAAUUAGAUGUAAGAAACAAAAGUCGCAGAGGAUAGCUGCUUUGCGUUCAGCAAACCUUUAGUCUUCCUGGCGCCCUCGUAUUUAUGUGUUCGUUCGUAGCGUCUCACUGCGUGAGAAUAUACGGCAGAAAGAAAGAGAGCGAACGCGAAAACACACAAAAAUACGUCCAAAUUAUUAUCCAACAAAUCAUCGUCAAUGAUCGCUCGAAGAAUAUCCUUGAGAAAUCAAAUUGUAGCAUCGAACGAAGCCUGGCUAGAAUACUCAAUGAAACAGCUGCUUUCAAACUUGUAAUAAAAACAUUAAAACCAUA